AUGGCUACAGAAGCUAUAAAUAAUACUCCUGAAAAUACUGAAAAGGCAAAGGAGGUAAAAGAUGAUACAACUGCAGACAAUGGUCAGACCAAAGAAGAGCCGCCGGCAACCGAGGAGAAAACAGAAAAGGCUGAAGAGAAAAAGCCUGAACCAGCUCCUCCGAAGCCGUCCGUACACAAAACUAACUACGAGAAGGACGUCGUGUAUUUGUACCAAUUCUCGCGAACCCCGUUAAUACCGUCAACUUCACCGUAUUGCUUGAAAGUUGAAACAUGGCUUCGAUUGGCUGGCAUCAAGUACCAGAAUGUGGACCACAAGGCCAAAUUCCGAUCCAAAAAAGGCCAACUACCAUUCGUUGAGCUGAAUGGUGAACAGAUUGCUGACAGCACUUUUAUCAUCAAGAUGCUCUCCGAAAAUUUCAACAAAGACCUCGAUGCGGCCUUAACGCCAGAGCAGCGGAUGGUCACGCACGCAAUGGUCUCCAUGAUAGAGAACCAUCUAUCGUGGGUCAUCAUGUGGUGGCGCGCGAAGUAUCCGGACAGUGUCCUCAAGGGCUAUCAAGUGAAUUUGCAAAACGCUCUCAACACUCGUCUGCCGAAUUCGAUCUUGAAUUUAUGCUACAAGCUCACUAGCGGACGUAAGGGUAUGAAGAAGGCCAAGGCCCACGGCAUUGGUGUUCACAGCCAGGAAGAGAUCAUAGAGUUCGGCAAGAACGAUCUCCGUGUGCUCUCUGAUCUGCUGGCCGACAAGCCGUACUUCUUCGGCGAUGAACCAACGCUGUUGGAUGUGGUAGCCUUCGCUAAUAUCGCCCAACUUCACUUCAUCGACAAGGAGGUCCCACAUCCUCUGCGCGACGCGCUGAACGAAUCCUUCCCCAACUUGGUUGGUCUGGUCACCCGCGUCAAGGAGCGCGCUUUCAUAGACUGGGACGACAUCUGCCGGACGCUCGACUUAAACGCACAUCUGCCCAAGCCGAAGGAUCAGAGCAAGGACACUAAAGAGGGCUCCGCACCCGCUGAAAAGCAACCAUUGCCUGACGAACCUGAGAAAGGAAAGGGCGAUGAGAAAGAGAAGGAGCAGGAGAAGGAACCAGAAGAUAAGGAGGAGAAGUAA